UCACACAAGACGAGAGAGGUGCCUGGACACAUCUUUAUGAGCUGCUCGGGGAGUUAAAAAAAACAAAAAACAGAAAUAAUCAACUUUAGUGACUGCACGUGCCCAGGAUUAUUUCUUUUGAUUAUUUUAUUUGUUUUAAAUUUGGAGGGUUUUUGGUGUUUUGUCAGGUUUUGAACUGUUUUAGAACUCUGCGUUGACUUCAAUCGUCGGCCAUUUUGAGUGCUCUAAGGCACCUGUGCGGAUCUUCGUCUCGGGUGAUUUUGCAUUUUCUACGGAGGAAAGACUGAUCUACGGUGGUAAGGGAGGUUCCCCUGGUUUUGUGAGACGUGAUUCAUCUCUCCACUGGCUGGACAGAUUCGACAUGGAGGCUAAAAUAAUUGAGAUGGCAGCCCUGGGAAGGGCCCUGUAUCCUGGCAUGUUGUACGACUGCCGCACUGAUUCUUUUAUUCCAGGUGUUACUUUAUGGGAUAAGCAAGCAUUGCGUGACGAUCUUGAUGUGCAUGACCAGGCUAAAACAUUUGUCAAGCUUGCUGCCUCUGACACUCUCUCUGAAAAGGCCAACCUCCUAGAUAUAAGCGCUUCCCUUAAAGCCAGUUUCUUAGGUGGGUUGGUGGAGGUUGGAGGAUCAGCCAAGUACCUGCAUGAUACCAAAUCCUCAGCACGUCAGUGCAGAGUUACCAUGCAGUACAGCCAGACAACAAAAUUUGAACAACUCACUAUGAAGGAGCUUGGCAAUAUCACCUAUCCACAAGUAUUCGACCAGAAAACAGCCACUCAUGUAGUUACAGCUGUACUGUUUGGAGCUUGUGCUUUCAUGGUGUUUGAUUAUACAAGUGCAGAAAAUGAGAGCAAACAAGCUAUUGAAGGAAACCUUCAUGCCGUGGUCAAGAAGAUCCCUACCAUUUCCAUUGAGGGGGAAGCAUCCGUAAAGAUUAAUGAAGAUGAAAAAAAACUGGCUGAGAAUAUCAGUGUCACAUUUUAUGGUGACUAUGAGCUUGAAGAAAACCCCACCACAUACACAGAGGCUCUGAGGGCAUGCAAGAGGUUGCCCACUCUGUUGAAAGAAAGAAACAGUAAAGGUGUACCGAUGACUGUGUGGCUGUAUCCUCUCAUGCUUUUGGAUAAUAAGGCUGCUAAGCUGGUGAGAGAAAUCAGCAUGAGCCUGGUGCAUCAAACAGAAAAACUGCUGGAGGAGCUUGGUGAAGUAGAGAGAAGAUGCAAUGAUUUGAACAAAAAUCAAACAACAGACAAUUUCCCUGAUGUAAAAGACAGGAUUAGACAGUUUCAGGACUUACACAGUUCUUAUAAGAUAGCAUUCCAGAAGGCACUGGUCAGAGUUUUGCCAGCUAUUCGGGGUGGGACACAGGAGGACAAGGCACUGGGGGACAUCCUGGACAUCCAUUACAUGUCACCCUUCACAGCUAGCAACAUGAACAAAUGGUUAGACGACAUUACAACUGAAAUAAAUAUACUGAGCUCCUAUACCAGUGGGCUGAAGGACCUGACAGUUGUGAAAUCAUCAGGGUCUCUCCAUUCCAUCCUCUUUGAUGCUGACGUUGAUGUGGUGGUUUGCUUGUCAUUUACAUCUUUAAGGAAUGAAGACUCCUACCUUGUGGCUUUACAAGACUUUGUGAGCUCUGAAGGGUUUGCAAAUUUGGGGCAAAAACAUGCAAAAGAUUUCUCACUCCAAGCAACACAGCCCUGGUUCACUUCUCCUGACAUUUCUGCAAGCAUGAGGCAGAAUCUUUCUCUCUUUACAAGUUUUUCAAAGGCCAAUAAAAAUGAAAAGAAAAUCAAGUUCGUCCUUGCCUCCAUCUCUGACUCCAGCAAUCCAGGAAACUCCAUCCGACUUUAUCAGAAAGGCAAACUGAAAAAUCCUAAGUUCCAGCCUGUAUCCAAACCGCCUCUACCCAUGGUGGAGACCAGUUAUGAGAAAGUCACCCUAAAGCUUUCAAAAUCCCCAACCGGUGAGACGGUUCAGUUCAGAGUUGAGUACAGGAUGACACCACCAACUGAUUCAGCAGCUGAUGUUGAUGCAUGGAAAGUCAUCAAAACUUCAGAUGCACAGACCAGCUUCACACUGACUGGACUAAAGCCAGCACAACAAUACUGGGUCCGAUACAGAGCUGUUAGUGAUGGGGGAGUGAGUGAAGCCAGCGACUCUGUCCCCUUCUCAUUUCCUGGGAAGUUCGAUGUCACAGUGGGCCAAUGGGACUUCUCCAUGCCUUCCCUGUUUAAUAAACUAAGGACUAAAAUAAUGACCAGUAUGGGCAUGUCACGAUGGUCUCUCUCUACUAUCAAGUCAGAAGUUACAAAUGUUGUCAACAGUCCUAGCAUUCCUUACACUGAUACAAUUCCUGGAGGGCUGAAAACUGGAAUGGCUUUGUACUUCCAAGGGGUUGUUUUUGCAGCAGGAGAAUCCAUUAAAUUCAAUCUUAUAGCCGGGACAGAGAAAGGCAGCGAUCGCAGUUUUCACAUGCGCUGUGACUUCAAUGAGUCAGUGGUCUAUAACAGCCAAAGGAACGGGAGCUGGGAGAAUGAAGAAAUCACAUCAGGGUGUCCCAUUUCCAAAGGAUCAGCCUUUGAUAUUUUUUUUGUGACCAAAACAGAAGGCUAUGAGGUAUAUGUAAAUGGGCAGAAGCAUUACCUGUUCAAGCACCGCAUGCCAAUGGAGAAAGUGACUACACUAAACAUUAAUGGAGACGUCAUCAUGAACAUCAUUGGUAUUGUUCCAAACUGGAGCACAUCUACUUUUGGUAAGGAACUAAACUCUGGCAUCUCACGCACAAAGCUUUCUAACAUCCAGUCUGAUGUGCCUCAUCCAGUCUGCAACCCUAGCAAACCAUAUUUGGGAUCAAUCCCUGGAGGCUUGAGACCUGGUGUGGCGUUAUUCUUCCAAGGGGUUGUUCCUUCAGAUUGUGAACGCUUUAAAAUAAAUUUGCAGACCGGGUCAAAAGACAUCGCUUUCCACUUCAACCCCCGCAUGAACUCUGUGGUCCUUAACAGCUGCAGGAAUGGGACAUGGGAGAAUUACAUUGAGAUACCAGGAGGCCCAUUUGUCAAAGGAGGAGCCUUUGAUAUCAUCAUGGUUAUUAAUCCAGGAGGCUAUGAGGUAAUUGUGAAUGGCCUGGGAUUCUGCACGUUCAAUCACCGUAUAGCAGUAGAGAAAGUGAAUUCAAUUCUGAUCAGUGAAGAUGUCUUCAUGAACAACUUCGGCAUUAUUGAAGUGGAUGAUGUUAAUAUGAAAGCCACUAUUUCUGCCAAUAUUUGAGGAUUCCAAAUCGCCACUGAAGCACUGAGUACAUUUUGAAGAGCUUUUUUUUUUGUCUUGCUCUGUGCUCAAGUAUAUCAGAAUUCAUGAACAGUUCAUUUCAACAUUUUAAUGUUGCUUUUUACUGUUAGAAAUGAACACACUACAUUCUUUGCUACUGUUUUACAGUUUUAUUGUACCUUUUAUUUAAAUAAUAUGGAUAGUUUGUAUUAGUCUAUAUACACAGACACUUUUGCAGCAGAAAUGAUGGCAGUCGUUUUUAGAUAAACCCAUUUAAACCCAUUUUCUGAGGUUUUAGAUAAAGAUCCAGUUUAGCUAAUAAAGGUCUGUUAAUUGACUAACUGACUUUUAAUGAAAAAAGAGUUCACUAUUUUUCCCAUGAUUUAGGGGAAAAAAACCUGAUUGAAACAUCAUCCAUCACAAAAGUCUGCAAUGUGCAAUUCUGGCUGUAAUUAGCAAAACAUCAAGCUUAAAAUUUUGCUUAUCCCUUCAUACCUCAUAUGCUGAAGUUAACUUCUUAUUUGCUCUUUCUUUACUUCUUUACUGUUUCUUAACUUCUUGUUUUCUGUUUCAGUUCCACCUGAAAUGCUGUUGUAAUUCAAUUUUGGACCUGUAGAGUGCACUCAUUGCUCAUUUUAAAAAAAAUUGCUCUAUGUGAAAUAUUAUGAAACAUCAUUGAAUUGGCCAAAUAUAUUAUGAUAUGAUUCAGUUUUUUGUUGUUAUGAAUUGGGAAACUAUUUACUUCUUGCUUAAAACAUUUUAACAAUGUACUGGCCAUAAUCAUUGAAUAAAUAAUAAUAAAACUAAGG